GUCCUUUCUCCUCUGUCCGAUUCCAUUCUGGCUGAGAAGACUGUGAUCGUGCUAGAAGACAGAGUGACCAUCACGGACCUCGGAGUACAACUGGUGGCGGGCCUGUCUUUGUCUCUCCAGACAAAUAAAGGGAACAAGAGAUUGAUGGUGGCCACAGCCUCCGCUUCGGAUAUUCUUCACGCCGCUAAACAGGAAGCUGUGCUCAGCACUUGGCUUUUAUUUAGUGAUGGCACCGUGACCCCUUUAGAUAUCUACGACCUGAAGGAUUUCUCCCUGGUGGUCACCUCCCUGGAUGAAAUGGUGGUGUCCGUCCAUCAAAGGCAGGAUGAUGACUGGCCGACCGUGGUGGCUGAAGGCGAGGGCCAAGGACCCUUGAUUAAAAUAGAACUGGUGAUCAGCGAGGCAUGCCAGAAGUCCAAGCGGAAGAGCAGUUUGGCUGUCGGGAAAGGGAACAUCAAAGUGAAGUUUGGCCGAAAGACCUCUGAGCACAAGAACGGCAAAGAUGCAGAGAGUGGUUUUAAAAGCAAUUUGAUAGAGACCUCCCUGGAAGGGGAGAGAGCAGGGGCGGACUGGUCCAUGAAUCGUGAUGAGUUGAACAACCCCAAUGCAAGCUCUAAGUCUCCCGUCCAUCCAAUUAAUUCUCAUGGAGAGGAACACCUGCAAAAUGAUUCUCUUACCUCGACGAGCUUCCCCACCCAAGAGGCCGUCCGAAGACAAAACAACCCCAGCGAUCUCACCUUGGUUCCCAGGGGUCUAACCGACCUGGAGAUUGGGAUGUACGCCCUCCUUUGUGUCUUCUGCUUAGCCAUCCUGGUCUUCUUAAUCAACUGCGUGGCAUUUGCCUGGAAGUACCGUCACAAGCGGUUCACCAUCAGUGAGCAAGGCAACAUCCCCCAUUCCCAUGACUGGGUGUGGCUGGGCAACGAGGUUGAGCUGUUGGAGAGCCCCGUGGACAUUUCUCUCCCCUCGGAUGAAUGCACCACCAUCCUGGACCGUGGAAUGCUUUUUGAAGAGAGCAACUUCCUCCUCAAUGGGAGUUCCCAGAAGAGCUUCCAUAACCAGAUCCUCCGGUCUUCUGAAUACGAUUGUGACAAGGACUUCAGGAGUGAACCUAUAAACCCUCCAGGGCCCAAGCGGAAGAGGGUUAAAUUCACUUCCUACACCACCAUCCUGCCCGAAGACGGUGGCCCUUACACCAACUCCAUUCUCUUUGACAGUGAUGAGAACAUCAAAUGGGUAUGCCAAGAUAUGAACUUAGGGGAGUCCGAGGAAUUUAGAGACUAUAUGGAAAGACUUCAGGACCAUAUGUAAAACACACACACACACACACACACACACACACACA